AUGGCUGCAAUCAGAAAAAAGCUGGUAAUUGUGGGCGAUGGUGCCUGCGGAAAGACUUGCCUGCUGAUCGUCUUCAGUAAGGACCAGUUCCCAGAUGUGUACGUACCUACCGUAUUCGAGAAUUACGUAGCUGACAUAGAAGUUGACGGAAAGCAGGUAGAGCUAGCGUUAUGGGAUACCGCAGGUCAGGAAGACUACGAUCGCCUCCGUCCACUUUCCUAUCCCGAUACGGACGUGAUACUCAUGUGCUUUAGCAUUGACUCACCUGACUCCUUGGAGAAUAUACCUGAAAAGUGGACACCAGAGGUGCGGCAUUUCUGUCCAAACGUACCCAUAAUUCUUGUUGGAAACAAGAAAGAUUUACGAAAUGAUCCUCAAACCGUUCGCGAACUGGCUAAAAUGAAACAGGUAUGUCUUUUACUCUUUUACCUUGUUUAUGUGUACCCGUUGCACAAAAGCGUCUCCAUCCAUGUCUGUGACCCUAUCGGUGCAUGUGCAUUCAUUUAUUUAUUUAUUUACUUAUUCAUACAUGCAUUUACUAUGUUUCCAUAA